CUCUUUCGGUGUUCUUCCUUUCUCCCAUCUCUGAAAUUACCGGGAAAAAAGUAUUUAGAAAGAUUAAAGAUUCGAUUUUUUUUCUCUCUCUCUUUUUGAUUUUCCACUGGGGCGGGGUUUAGAGAUUUUGACUUUACUUUGUGGUCAGCGGAUCCGACGAACCGGAAUGCCUCGCGCGUCGAAGCGGAAAGCGGCCCCGGCAAGCUCCUCCUCCGUCACAGCUCCGCCACCUGAUCAGUCCCGGAGUCGCACCGCCAAAGCAACAAGUAAAACCAGGUUGAAGGAGAGUGACCAGAUCGACAACCUAUUCGAUACAUAUGCAAACAGUUCGUUGGGGCAGAUUGACCCCGAAGGAAUUGAGACGUUGUGUUCAGACAUGAAAGUGGAAUACACUGAUGUGAGAAUCCUGAUGCUUGCUUGGAAAAUGAAAGCUCAGCGACAAGGAUAUUUUACGAAGGACGAGUGGCAAGCAGGCAUGAAAGCUCUCAAGGCUAAUACCCUAUUGAAACUAGUGAAGACACUCUCAGAACUGAAGAAAGAGGCGGAGGCACCACAAAAUUUCGAGGACUUCUACUCAUUUGCAUUCAAGUACUGCCUAACAGAAGAGAAGCAAAAAGGUGUAGAUAUAGAAAGCACCUGUGAGUUGCUGAAAAUUGUCCUCGGAUAUCAAUUCCCUUCCCAGGUUGAUUCAUUAGUUGAGUACCUAAAGGUCCAAAAAGAUUACAAAGUGAUAAAUAAGGAUCAGUGGAUGGGUUUCCUUCGGUUUUGCAAGGAGAUUAGCUUUCCAGAUAUGGCGAACUACGACGAGAACCAAGCCUGGCCAUUGAUCCUCGACAAUUUUGUAGACUGGAAGAAGCAGAAAAGUGGCGGCAGAUAGCUUCUACUUCGACAGUGUCCAAGGUUUUGGUAACAGUGAGCUAACCAUCCAUUUUAGUCUCGAUCACCCCCAUCGAUCUAUUCGCAGAUCUUUGCCAGAAUGCCUCACGUCUGACAAAUGGAGCAUUGUUAACUAACAUAGAUAAAUAGGACGAGCUAUUUUUGUGUCGGAUUCUGGAGAGAGAAAAAUGCGUUCUUUCUAUGCAUUCUACUAUUGUUCCUCAAUUCUUUUCUGCAAUCGUGUACAACCAGCUCUGAUAAUUUUUUUAGUUGAGAAUGUGGAAGAAUGUUCUGUCACUUUUAUUCCGGGUGGAAUCAAACCCAAAAAACCAUUGCAGU